AUGGUCCAUGUCCAGAGACUCGAAGGAUCAAGAGGACCUCGGAGACUUCUUGAUAGACUCAAAUCAAACAUCAGAGGCCACAUCAGAGCAAUCAAUGUGGCAAUUGAGACGGGCACGUUCAAGACUGAGGCGGAGGACUCUGUGGCUGAGAUGUUCAUGAGGAAGGCCGAUGACCGUAUCUUCCGAGUCGGUCCGCCGGCUGGCCCAACUAGCAGCACGAUUUACCAGAAGGAGGACGGCACGAUGGAUGUCUAUUACGCUUCGGAGGCUUUCGAGUUCGGAAAAUACGGAAAAGAGGUUGAUUUCGGAAACGAAGAGGUAGCCGAGACUCCUCAGAAGCAAAGCCAAGACGAGCCCGAACAGACCAGCCAGUCAAGCCAGGAUCAUAUACCUGUGCCCAUACCCUACAGCACGGCCGCCAGCGAAUUCCUGUACGGCUACAACCCAGUGUUAGCUGCUCUCCGAGGCCGUCGACGGAAGAUGUACAAGCUCUACAUCCAUCCGCAUAUCUUUCCCAAGGACUUCGCAAAGGAGCCCACCGGCCCUGUCAAUCAAGUUGAGUCAGCUAGGGCAAACCUUGCAACUCUUGCGAGAGACGCAAAUGUCACACUCGUCAAUAAAGUGAUUACCCAACAACUUGACAGAAUGUCCGACGGUCGGCCGCAUAACGGAGUUGUAUUGGAGGUGUCGAAGCUGCCUGCUCCUCCGGUCUUGCAUCUCAGCAAGCCAGACCUGAAACAGUCGUCUGUUCGCAUGGAGCUUGCCAAGCAAAGCGCAGAGGAGGCAGCAGUGAACGGGACUUCGAAUGAGAUGCAGAUUGCUGCCAAGACGUGGCGAUACCCUCUUGUCGUUAUGCUGGAUGGGAUCCUCGACCCAGCCAACGUGGGCAGCAUCAUUCGCACCUGUCACUUCUACGGUGUGGACGCAGUGGCGGUCGCCACCAACACCUGUGCCAACCUCUCCUCACCAAUCGUCGCCAAAGCUUCCUCGGGUGGUUGUGAAGCCGUGCGAUUGUUGUCACUCCCCAAACCAUCAGAGUUCGUCUACGAGUCGGGAAGGAAUGGAUGGUCGAUCUACGCAGCCGAGGCCUCAUCAGCCGGAUCUGCGGAUAAGACGCGGAAGCUGACGACCUCAAGUGUCGCUGCGGACAGUCCUCUGGCCAAGCAUCCUUGCAUCCUGAUGCUGGGAGCGGAAGGCGAAGGCCUGAGAGAGAACUUGAGAAAGCGUGCAGAUGGCUUUGUCGCCAUCCAAAGCAGCGCCAAGCCCGCAGAUAUGGGCAACGUCGGCGUUGACAGCUUGAACGUCGGUGUCGCCGCGGGCAUCCUCCUUGAAUCUUUCCUAAGCAGACCAGCCGCUGCGCCCAAGGAGAAAGACAUCUCUGGCGAGCUCGGAUGGUGA